UUAAGCAGAUAGACUGAGACGGGAGAAGAAUUAAAAACAAAUAAAAAACCACUGAACAGACUAAAAAAAGUAGUAUUAAAUAGAUAUUAUUGUCAUCAUAUUAUUAUUAUACACUAGUAAAAGACCUCGGCAGGUCAGUCACAUAGAGAUAUUAAACUUUGACCGACUUCUAUGGACGAGGAGUACGACGAGAUGUUCGGGACACCGGACGAGUACGAACAACAGUUCGCCGAUGAGCUGCAGGUUCUGGCUGAGAUGGACUUUGAUCCGGCCCCGUCCACUAAGCGGUCAGAGUUCAGGAAGCAGAAACCUCAGUUGUUCCAGGAAGCCAUCACCGCUGGUGACCAGCCACUCAGGAACCAAUCACAGGCAUCGUCAGAACGGAGCCUCGGCCAAUUGGAAGGCCCGCCUGUGACGUGUGACAGAGAGGACAUAGAACACCUGCUGGCGGAUGAGCCAAUCACUCCCAAGGCUAAGCGUCUGAGGCAGGAUGUGGCCAAGAAGCUGUUUGAGGUGUCUCAGGUUGAUGACAUCACGCCCCCAUCGUCUCCAGAGGAGUUCCAUCGACCUCCGAGCAGCAGACCCCAGCCAGUCCCGGUGAUCUUGGACAUCAGUGGCUUCGCAGCCAUCCAGGAGUCUCCUCGGAGAGUCGCCGCGGCAACGUCGUCGUGUCACGUUCUGAAGCGCCCCCCGGCCGAGGGGGGAUACGUUAGCGUGACGGACCAGACGGGAAACCGGGUCUACCUACGGCAAACAGACGACCUGAGGGGAAAGGCUGUGGACCCCAGUGCUCUUCGUAGCUCCCAUAAUGCAUUGGGUUUGCUGGCUGUUCCCAUCGAGGUACUGAGAGAACAGGUGGCCGAGAAGCGUCAUCGCCAAGUGGUGGAGGAAUCUCAGCGCCUAACAGAGCUACUCAACAGUCAAGUGGAUGAAGAGUUUGGAGAGCUGGACGGCAGACGGAGAGAAGAGGGGGAUCGAGAGGAAGAGGAGGAGGAGGAAUCUUCCCGUCUCUGGGUGGAUCAGUUUUCUCCUCAACACUACACUGAACUACUCAGCGACGACUUCCUCCACGGUCGAGGGAAGAGACAGCUGGACGUGCAGUCGGUCCAGUCCAUGAGGAUCGGCCAGAAGGAUCAGAAUAAAGGAAUAUUCAACCUCUGGCAGGAGAUCUUCCAACUGCCACGCAUCAAACGGAAGCGUGUGGGGGAGGAGCUGGAUGAGGGGCUUAGAGAAGGAGGCGGGGCCGGAGAGCACGACAAACUCACACAGUCUCUGUCUCUCUCUGUCUCUCUCUGUCUCUCUCCCUCCUUCUCCGUCUGUCUCUCUCUCUGUUCCCAGGGUCUCUAUGAUAACUUCAUGUCUAUGCGUGUGAAGGACCCCAGUCUUGGCGGAGUGUGUGAGGCUCUGGAUUGGCUGGGCUUCUCAGACGGGUUGACCCAGGCCAUGCUGCAAGGACAAAACUUCUCUCUGCUUCGAUACCAGCCCUUCCUCCCCGUUGCUUUCCACUUCCUGUUUGCUCACACACACGUCCCCCGCAUCAACUACCCCCACAGCCAGUAUGAGGCUCUAACUAAGACCUCAGCCAGCAGGAACGCUCUGGCGGCCAUGUUGUCUGAAGUCCCAGCAUGCAUCAGGACCCACACACACACACACACAGUGAACCCUCAGCUGUUCAGCGACAGAGAGAAACAGCAGCUGGUCGAUCUGAUCGACACCAUGAUCUCCUACAACCUCUCGUACAGACAGGACAGAACGCCUGAUGGACAAUACGUCUACGUUCUGGAGCCACAGCUGACCUACCAGACCAAACAGACGAUCAGCAGAGAGACGGACCAGGAGAGGAUGAGGAGAGCAGAAUCACUGAUGCAGCUACGCAACCCGCACACGGAGGAGAAGGUGAAGCAGCCUAAGGUGGUGACGACGUCGUCAGUCAGGAACCACCAGCAGAGGCUGGAGAACAUCCUGAGGAACACUGUAGUCGAGAUCAGGGUGAGAACACACGGUAUUCACACACCCACGGUAUUCACACACCCACGGUACGUACACACACACAAACACACACUAGAUAUCAUCUGUCCUAAACUACGACCUGUGAACCCUCAGCUGUUCAGCGACAGAGAGAAACAGCAGCUGGUCGAUCUGAUCGACACCAUGAUCUCCUACAACCUCUCGUACAGACAGGACAGAACGCCUGAUGGACAAUACGUCUACGUUCUGGAGCCGCGCGUGGAGCAGGUGGUGUGUUUCCCAGGCUUGCCCCCCCGCAGACAGCUGACCUACCAGACCAAACAGACGAUCAGCAGAGAGACGGACCAGGAGAGGAUGAGGAGAGCAGAAUCACUGAUGCAGCUACGCAACCCGCACACGGAGGAGAAGGUGAAGCAGCCUAAGGUGGUGACGACGUCGUCAGUCAGGAACCACCAGCAGAGGCUGGAGAACAUCCUGAGGAACACUGUAGUCGAGAUCAGGCCGGAGGUGGAUUUCUUUGGCCGAGCCGUCGCCCCCAAGGAGAAACCACAGGUGGUCUCUGCUACAGGGGAGGUGUGUGUGGAGGUUGCCAUGGGGACAGCGGUUGGCAACAGUGACGUGUGGUUCCGUUUCAACGAGGGCGUGUCCAACGCCGUGCGACGCAACGUCUACAUCAGAGAACUGCUAUAACACACACACACGUUAGAAUGUUAGUAUGUAAAUGACCACGAGUCA